CUUUCCACGCAUGCUCACUUCCAUUUGAACUAAAGCUGUUCAUGAUGGCUGCGGAUAGUGCUAUCCUAGUGGGUUUGGUAGAAGAAUUCGUUUCAGGACAACAGGACAGCAAAGCCGCAGACACCGCAACAGGACUCAAGAAGGGACAGUUUACAAUAUUGCAGUUGGUUGAAGCAUUGGGCUUGCAUCUGACCAGCUCCCAACCACAGACCAGAGCCCGUGGUGUCCAGCUCCUCUCCAGUGUACUACAGACUUGCCAUGGAGACCUUACAGAGGGAGAGGUGGUAGUCCUCCUAGCAUUUUAUGAGAACAGACUGAAGGACCACUACGUCAUCACACCGCACGUCUUACAGGGGCUGAAAGCACUGACAAAAUGCUCCGUGUUGCCGCCAGGGUCUGCGGUGUCCAUUCUGAAAUCACUGUUCCAGGACGUCCAUGUGCAGUCCCUGAUGCUGGCAGAGCGCUCGUGUGUUUACAACAUCCUCAUUCAGCUUAUGGAAUCCAAAGAGUCAGAGCUGAAGGGCCUGGGUGCAGACUUUGUGUUUGGGUUUGUCCAGUCAGUGGAUGGUGAGCGGGACCCUCGCAACCUUCUCCUUGCUUUUCAGAUCGCUAGGAAAAUCAUCCGUGGAGGCUAUGACCUGGGUAAAUUCACAGAGGAGCUGUUUGAAGUGACAUCCUGCUAUUUCCCCAUAGACUUCAGCCCUCCGCCCAAUGACCCCCAUGGCAUCACCCAAGAGGAGCUGAUCCUGGCACUAAGAGCCGUGCUGACUGGAACACCAUGCUUUGCAGAGUUCCUGCUGCCUUUGAUCAUUGAGAAGCUGGACUCAGAUAUUCAGAGUGCCAAGCUGGACUCUCUGCAGACCCUGAGCGCCUGUGCUUCGGUGUAUGAACAUAAAGAGCUAGCUGAAUUCCUGCCAGGCCUUUGGGCAUCGCUCCGCAGAGAGGUGUUUCAGACAGCCAGUGAGAAGGUGGAAUCAGCUGGCCUGGCAGCCCUCACUGCUCUGACUGCCUGUCUGUCCCGGUCGGUCCUCAGCUCAGACUCUGAAGACUCCCUCAAUGUCUUCCUGGACCUGGUCCUAAAAGACUGCAAGCAUCACCUCUGUGAGCCGGACUUGAAGCUGGUGUGGCCCAGUGCCAAGCUGCUGCAGGCCUGCUCUAGCGCCUCCUACAGGGCAAGCCACAAAGUCACAGCCGCUGUCAUGCCGUCGCUCAUAGAACAAUACAACAGCCGUACACAGUGUGCUCAACGGCGCACCCUGCUGGAGGUGUUACAGGGCUUUGUCCAGUCAGUUAGGUCAUCACAGGAGGAUGACAGUGUGCUGUUGGACUUCAGUCAGUCUCUCUGCAGUAUAGUGUUCUCUGCUCUGUCUGAAAGCAAUGCAGGCCUCCAGAUCACGUCCAUGCAUGUGCUCACUGCCCUGGGCCAACAGACAGGCCUGCUGGUAGAGUCUGAUGUGAAGCUAGCCGUCGAUCACCUCACCAGAAUUGUCCUGGAGGAGGAAGACGUUACAGUCAGCACGGCUGUGGUUGAGUCAGCAGGGACUCUGGCUCGCCUGCAUCCCGCAGCCUUCAUCUCUAACAUGGUUCCUCAGCUGAAGGGGAGCAUCUUCUCAGAGUCCUUGGCACAAGCUGAUGGUGCCGCCGCAUCCCAGGAACAUUCCCAGCAGGCCCUGCAUCAGCGCUGUGUGACGGCACUCGCUGCGGUGUCAUCUCACCCCAGUGUGGUGCAGGAGACCACACCUGUCCUGAUACAGGUCCUCACCUCUGCACACACUGGCACAGGGUCAUUCUCACUGGAAGAGGUAAUCGCUGUAUGCCUCAGUCUGCAGCGAAUAGCAGGGCAGGCUGAGGACACUGAAGAGAAUGGCCAAGUAUUCCAUGACAUCAUCAUUCCGCGCCUGCUUGGACUGGCCUUGCAGGCCGCUUUAAAUGGGGAAUGUUCAUCAGAACAUAGGAGUCCAUUUGUGGAGGAGACUGUCUUAUCAGCCAUGGUACCUGUCAUCAGCACCACUUGCUCCCGACUACAGUCCCAACUGGCUGGCCGAACAGCCCUGCGCUCCGUGUCUCUCUUCCUGGACGGAGACGUGUCCUUCCUGCCAGAGAACGCCUUUCCCUCCCAAAUUCAACUCCUCAAGAAGCAGGCAAGUGACUCGUGGAAGCAGUCCCAGAUGGUGUGUCUGCUUAUGGGCUGUGUGUGCUCUCUGCCACGUGGGGUGGAGAUUCCCCAGGUGGACAGGCUUCUGUUGGAGCUGGAGGAGCUGAGCUGUACUUGUGACCAUCCUCUCUCCUACACCUCAGCUGCCAAGUGCUAUGCUGGGCUGGUCAACAAGUGGCAUGUAGAAGCCCUGGAAUCUCUGAUUGACCGAAUGUUGAAGAGGAUCUCCUCUGAGCUGGCCUCUGCAUCGUCCUCAGUCAGAACGCAGGCCUUCACUCUGCUACUCUGGGUGGCCAAGGCUCUGCUUAUCCGCUACCACCCUCUGUCAACAACCCUGACAGACAAGCUCUUUUCCCUGCUCAGUGACCCAGAACUGGGUUCGUUAGCAGCCGAUGGAUUUUCUCUACUUAUGAGCGACUCAACUGACAUCCUUAAUCGCGGUUGCCACGCCGAUGUGCGCAUCAUGUACCGCCAGCGCUUCUUCACAGAGAACUCGUCCAAGCUGGUCCAGGGCUUUAACACCGCACCCCAAGAGAGAAAGUCUUGCUACCUGAAGGCACUGUCUCACAUAUUGACCAACCUUCCCAGACAGGUCCAGAUCACAGAGCUCCCAGCGCUCCUGCCCCUCCUGCUGGAGGCCCUGUCAUGUCCGGACCAGGGGGUGCAGCAGUCCACCCUGUCUUGCCUGCAGCCUGUCCUUCUGGACCCCCCCUCAGCCCUCAUCACCCAGCUUGAGGCUCUGGUGGGUCGCAUGCUCUCCCUCAUCACCAGCCCAUCCAUGAAAGUGCGCAUAGCCUCUCUGCGCUGUAUCCAUGCCCUCGCACGCUUUCCGGAACAUGAGAUCAUGCCCUUUCGUGCCCGGGUGCUGCGUGCCCUGGCUACACCCCUGGACGAUCGCAAGCGGAUGGUGAGGAGUGAGGCAGUGCUGGCCCGGAAUGAAUGGUUCCUACUGGGGAGUCCAGGAGGCAGGUGAUUAUGGCCCCUUAUCCCUGACUGGUUCAGAAGCCCCUGAAGGAGGCCUCGGGUCCAGGCCAGGGGGCCCUAGCACUUUCUUUGGAGUCUGGGACAUAUACUCACCACCUCCAGCCCAUCACAUUGUACCUGACAUUUUACUCCGUCUUUUUAUAUGGCUUCUAACAUAAUAAACGUUAAGUCAGACUGACCGCCACUGCUUUUUGGUAAGAGGCAACCCUUCCCUCCAUGGAAGGACUGAGAGCUACACCAAGAGAAGGUAACCAUUUCAACGGGGAGGGGUUUGCUGUGAAUGUGUGACAUAAGGACCUAUUACUAAUGUAUUAUGCCUUGAUCUCAUGAGUUGCAAGUCUGUAAUUUGCCUCCCAUUUGUGUACAAGAGCCACAGAUUUAAGUACAUUUUCCUUAACUAACUAACCACACUGAGGACAAUGUUAAUGUUGGACUAGGCUCACGGAGAAGCCGUGUUGAAGUCAACCUUGUAUUCAUGCUCAACCUCACAGGAAUAUGUGCCAAGGAUAUAGUGUGGACAGUAUUUAAAUGUCUAUAAUUUAAGCUGUCAAUAAAAUGUU